CAAACCGGAAGACGUCUUCUAGAGUUCGAUUCCCCGAUCACCAUUGUGACGAUGAUAGACUAUCUCGCAGUGAAUCCAUACAUACACACACACACACACACAAACGCAGGUACAGACAGACCUUGAAAGUCGUUGACCGGAAGCGGCACCAAGACGACCUUACCUUAGUAGCAAUUUGUCGCCGCAUUCCGUCGAGUCUUCCUUUGCGGUUGCCUCCACCGAGCCGACACCUGCGGAGAAUUCCUUGACGCCAUUGUCUUCCUCGUACAUCCCAAUGAUGACGGCACCUUUGCAGGGUGAGGACGUCGACCUGGAACGCUACAAGGAUUUCCCCUUUCUGCAAUCCAUGCUCCGAUUCGAGUCGCUGCGCAACGCUGCGCUUGAUGAGGAAGGCAAAUAUCAAAUGAACGCGCCCCUUAGUAGUGAUGGAUGGGGACCUUCCUUAUUCAUCAUCCAAGCCCGUGCACUCGAUUGGAUCAUGAAACCUUGGUGUGCCGUCGUUCUACACGCCGUCAUCUACACCACCAUACAGGAACUCUUCUUUCAAGACCUGCUCGACGGAGAGGAAGCCCGCGAUUACGACUCGUGGGAACUCUUUUUUGGUAUCAUGUUGAACUCGACACUCUCCUUCUUACUCGUCUUUCGUUUAAAUCGGGCCGCCGGUCGAUACUGGUUGGCUCGGGAGCUGUGGGGGAACUUUGUCGCACGGGGUCGGACCGUAACUGCCGGCAUACUAGUACACAGCAAUCACGCACCGCAUCAUCGAGACGAGGCACUCCGGUGGACAUCAGCCCUUUGUCUGUGUGUAAUGGCACUGCUGCGAGGAACAAAGGUCCUGCCCGAACCACUCUUUCUCGGGAUCUUGAUCAAGGACGAAGUGCAAGCCGCUCAACGUAAUACCCAUCCUCCCUUGUUUGUGGCUGCACAGAUUCGUUAUCAUCUGCACGAAAUCUUUAAGAUUGAUGCCGACACACCGGUGGGAAUCGCCAAUGCCCUUUCCCAACAAAUGGAUUCUUUGGAAAUCCAGCUCAAUACCAUGUUGGAUUGUUGUGGAGGAAUGGAACGGAUACGGAGCACGCCCUUGCCAAUGGUGUACGUUUCUCAUUUGCGAACCUUUUUGAUGCUGGCACUGCUACUCUUUCCGUACGUAUGGGGACCAGCCUGGGGGUGGGGUACCAUUCCGGUCGUGGCGACGGCCGCCUUUUCUUUGCUCGGUAUAGAUGCAGCUGCUUCCGAAGUGGAAGCACCGUUCCAGCAACGUCGAGUAAACGCUUUGAAUAUGGAUGAGUACUGCAAGGGACUACUGUCCAAUAUUCAACAGCAAAUACAGCAUCAUGCAGAUAGAUUCAUAGCGAAAAAAGUAAGGUAG